UGGCUAGCUAGCAGCUAGCUAGCUAUUUUACUUUUUCUUUUCGACAGACUUUAGCCACAGAUGGAGAGCUAACAACGCUAGCUCUAAAUGCGCCUGGGGUUCUGAAAGCUUUUGUGUCCCCCUGUCCCCUUUUUGGUGGAUCUUUUAAAAUGUCAACCCGGACGCCAUUGUUAACAGUCAUUGAAAACUCAAGUCAGUCUCACUCGGAAUCCAAGGCAGGGGAUCGUCCCAGCAUGCCGCGCUGCCGGAACCCUGUGGCCCCGACAGCUGACGAGGUGCCGCAUAUUGGCAACUACCGGCUCCUGAAGACCAUUGGCAAGGGGAACUUUGCAAAGGUCAAGCUGGCUCGGCAUGUGCUGACGGGGAAGGAGGUGGCGGUGAAAAUUAUAGACAAGACUCAGCUGAACUCCUCCAGCCUCCAGAAGCUGUUCCGGGAAGUGAGAAUCAUGAAGAUGUUGAAUCAUCCUAAUAUUGUUAAGUUAUUUGAAGUAAUAGAGACGGAGAAGACGCUGUACUUGGUGAUGGAGUAUGCCAGCGGAGGUGAAGUGUUUGAUUACCUCGUUGCUCAUGGAAGGAUGAAAGAGAAGGAGGCCAGAGCCAAAUUCAGACAGAUCGUGUCUGCAGUACAGUACUGUCACCAGAAGUGCAUUGUCCACAGAGACCUAAAGGCAGAGAACCUCCUCCUGGACGCUGACAUGAACAUUAAGAUCGCUGACUUUGGCUUCAGCAAUGAGUUCACACUGGGCAGCAAGCUGGACACAUUCUGCGGCAGCCCACCCUACGCCGCGCCCGAGCUCUUCCAGGGGAAGAAGUACGACGGGCCCGAGGUGGACGUCUGGAGCCUGGGGGUCAUCCUCUACACACUGGUCAGCGGCUCGCUGCCCUUUGAUGGGCAGAACCUGAAGGAACUGCGUGAGCGAGUAUUGAGGGGCAAGUACAGGAUUCCCUUCUACAUGUCCACAGAUUGCGAGAACCUGCUCAAGAAGUUCCUCAUCCUCAACCCAUCUAAGAGGGGCAGCCUAGAGCAGAUAAUGAAGGAUGGUUGGAUGAACGUGGGUCACGAGGACGAGGAACUUAAGCCUUAUGUGGAGCCGCAGCCCGACUACAAGGACCCCAAGAGGACAGAUGUGAUGCUGCAGAUGGGCUACAUGCUGGAGGAAAUCCAAGACUCUCUCGUCAACCAAAAAUACAACGAGGUCAUGGCUACGUAUCUACUGCUGGACUACAGGAACUCAGAGCUGGAUGAGGGCGUCAAACUAUCGAUAAAGCCACGUCCUGGAAGCGACCUCACAAACAGCAGUGUCCAAUCCCCUCCUCAUAAGGUACAACGGAGUGUCUCGUCAAAUCAGAAGCCCCGAAGAACCACAGAGCAAGGCUCUUCCUACUCCAAGCGCUUGCAGGGGGACAGCAAGCAUGCCCCAGAGGAUCCUGGGAGGAAAGGCUCAGGUAGCUCAGCCAAAGUGCCCCCCAGCCCCCUGGCUUCAGUCGACCGAAAAAAGACUACCCCGACCCCCUCUACUAACAGCAUCCUGUCUACCGGCACAUGUCGGAGCCGAAACUCACCCCUCACAGAGAGAGCCACGCUGGGACAGGGUGUGCAGAACGGCAAGGACAGCCUCAACACCCCUGGGUCCCGUGCCUCCACCGCUUCAGCUGCUGCUGUCCUCACCUCCUCCUCCUCCCGACCCCGUCACCACAAGUCCCUGUCCUCCUCCGCUCACCCCAGCCCCCCCAACCUCCAUGCACCCCGCGGAAGCAUUGCUCCUCAGAGAGUGCCAGGGGCGUCUCCCUCUGCCCACAACAUCAGCAGCGCCACUGUGACGGACCGAACCAACUUCCCCCGGGGGGUGGCCAGCCGCAGCACCUUCCAUGCCGGCCAGCAGAGGGCAACGCGGGACCAGCACACCUUGGCCUACAAUGGGCCACCCGCCUCCCCCUCCCUGUCCCACGGGAACAGCCAGUCGCGGCGCCCUGGGGCAUCCGGCAUCUUUAGCAAGUUCACCUCCAAGUUUGUGCGCAGGAGCCCGUAUGAGGGAGAGGGUCGGGAGGAAGGGAACAGACCCAUGCUGAGCAGUGCAGUCGAUAAGUCUGAGAAGGGCCCGGGCAGCGUGCUGGGCUCCACUGGUGACGAGAAUAAGGACUCUCUGUCCUCAUCCUCCUCGGUGCCGGGUGGGACGCCGCCACAGCCCCUGCACCAUGGCGCCAAGGACUCGAAGCCGCGCUCGUUGCGCUUCACCUGGAGCAUGAAGACAACGUCGUCCAUGGAGCCUGGCGAGAUGAUGAAGGAGAUCCGCAAGGUGCUGGACUCCAACAGCUGCGAGUACGAGCUACGCGAGCGCUUCAUGCUGCUGUGUAUGGCAGGCAACCCGGCCCGUGACGACUUUGUGCAGUGGGAGAUGGAGGUGUGCAAGCUGCCCCGCCUUUCCCUCAAUGGCGUGCGCUUCAAGCGCAUCUCCGGCACCUCCAUUGCCUUUAAGAACAUCGCCUCCAAGAUAGCCAAUGAGCUGAAACUGUGAGGGGAGGGGUGGGGCGGGGUUGGUUCAGGGAGGUGAGAAUGAAGGAAAAGGAGUUCAAUUUUGAUGAGGAAUGAGGAAAGGUAGAAGAGGUGGAGGUAUGCUAACUCUUCAUUGGGGGGGUAACAGCAUGUAGGAGAGGAGUACACAUGGGGAGUUUAUGGGGACGGGGAUGUUCUUGUUUCUGUUUUUCUGCAACCCCCCCCCCCCCCCCCCCCCCCCCAGUUUUUCCAUUUACAGUAAACCGAGGAGUCUUCUUUUUUGUACCAAGCUCCAAUCACUGCUAAAGAUGACACCCCACCCCUCCCCCUGGGCCAAAACUAUGCUGAAACACCACAUGCUUUGUCUCUCAGCAGAUAGCAGAUUUUAAUCUGCGGUUCACUGAUGACAUCUGCCCUGUCCUCUUUUACCCAGUGUAAAAUCUACAGCAGAGGUACCUUUGCAGUUUAAUUCAUUAAGGGCCGAUUAUGUAUUCAUUGGUUCAUUGUAAUUGGUAUUGAGUUGCAGUGCUGCACUGGACUGGGUCUGUUUGGUUGCCUUUCUGAAGACAAAUGAGAAUCUAUAGAAGGGUACAUUUUCCUGUUCUGUUAGAUUGUAUCUUGCCUUUGUACAGAGAAUGUUAAACAGAAAGUGCCUCCCAACCCUUCCUAAAAAAAGAUAAAUACAGGUAUAAAUGUUCAAUUAUCUAUAAAUAUAUGAAAAUAUUUAUCACUGGAAAAGAUAGGAUUUUCUUUUUCUCUUUAACAUUUUGAGAAUUAGCUGACUUGAGCCAGCUGACAUCUCUGCUCAAUUCUCCUUCAGUUCAGGGGGAAAGAG